UAAUAUUAGUACUUUUAGUCUAAACUACUUUCAUUCUACAACGGAGGGAGUAUCAUUUUUGUAAGUUAAGGUUUACUCUCCACACAUUUGGUUAGGUUUACUCUCCACACAUUUGGUUAGUUACAUGAAACAAAAGUAAAAUGGGAUAUUUAUAAGAAUCUUUCAUAAGCUUCUCUUGGCUGUCAAAUAGUGUCUUCUAAUGGUUUCUUCACAUGUGUGCCUAGGGUCCACACUACAUGACAACACAUCCUCUCCCUCGUAUUCUCUACGUCAACUUAACCCAACUUGUGACAAAAAUGCUAUCCCCUCCUUGACUCAUAACUCCAGCUGACCCCAAGUAAACGGGCGUCUUAUUACCGUGAUUUACUCUCUUCUACUUACUUGAGGCACACGUUAACGUACAGGAAAAGAACUUAAGCUUGAUGUCUCACUCUCUGUUCUUCUCAAAAUCCACCGCCUUCUUCUCCUUUACACAACGCGUAAUCUCCGCAGUCAGUAAAUAUCAAUGUCUACAUUAAGAUCACCAGCGAUCCAAAUGAUGCGUGACAGGCAGGCAAAGAAAAGAGCCAUUUUGUUUGUAUCUAUCCAAAGAGUGGUCCUUUGUUUUCACACACCCCCCUUCCCAUCCAAAAGCUUAUCUCCGUCUCUCCAAUGUUCACCACACAGUUCCAUCCACCAGCCUCAGCGCCUCCUCUCUAUAUAAACACUCACAAGAGAAGAGAGGAAGAAUAGAGCAACAAAAACUUAAAACCAACCAACCAAAUCAAAUCAAAAAUGUUGCGCAUUAUCUUCCUCUUGUCUCUCCUCUUCGCUCUCUCCAAUGCCUCGGUCCAAGACUUCUGCGUAGCCAACCUCAAACGCGCUGAGACCCCUGCUGGCUACCCUUGCAUCCGCCCCAUUCACGUCAAAGCCUCGGACUUCGUCUUCAGCUUAGGCACUCCCGGGAACACCACCAACAUCAUCAGCGCCGCGGUGACACCAGGCUUCGUCGCUCAGUUCCCGGCUCUGAACGGUCUAGGCAUCUCCACAGCUAGGCUUGACCUAGCACCUAAAGGUGUGAUCCCAAUGCACACUCACCCUGGCGCCUCUGAGGUUCUCUUUGUCCUCGACGGCUCUAUCACCGCUGGAUUCAUCUCCUCUGCCAACUCUGUCUACGUGCAGACGCUUAAACCGGGACAGGUCAUGGUGUUCCCCCAGGGCCUGCUUCAUUUCCAGAUCAAUGCGGGUAAGAGCGCUGCUGUUGCGUUUGUCACUUUCAGCAGUGCGAGCCCUGGUCUCCAGAUUCUUGACUUUGCGCUAUUUGCUAAUAGUCUUUCCACUGAGCUCGUCUCGGCUACUACUUUCCUUGAUCCUAAAGUAAUCAAGACGCUUAAGGGUGUUCUUGGUGGAACUGGCUAAGCAAAAAAAGACAUCCUUGACUGAAACAACAACGCCUUGUUUGUUUUUUCUUUUCUUGUCUGUUUUGUAUUCCUUGUCAUUCUUCAAAAACCUGUCAACAUGGUUACAUCGUAAUGUGAGCUUUUCAUUUUCAUA